UCAAUAGUCGAAUAACUCUGCAAGUAAGGUACCUUGCAGAGUAUUUUUUUGGUUUCGCUUUGCUGCCUUUCAAGACUGCCUAUGACCGGAACUUGUUUCCGAGUCAUCUUUGUAGGUUACAUCUUUGACGAAUUUGACAAACGACACUCUUGUCUACUCAGAAUCCGAAGAAAAGAGCUGCAUAAAUUCGGCUAAAACGUUCUUGGGUGUAACAAUUUCAUUUGGACCUCAAGUUACCUCAGUUCCACACCACAGCGUUUGCCAUUUUAACCUUAACUUCUUAGCAGUUCGGUUUGGACGUGAAAACGGAACCUGUAGAAAACAGGUACGUUAUUUUAUUAACUUUGACGUGAAAGAGGGGAAACGUUUUGUAGGUUUUGGGAUUUGUAACACCACAUCAGUAGCUGGACUCAAUAGUCGAAUAACUCUGCAAGUAAGGUACCUUGCAGAGUAUUUUUUUGGUUUCGCUUUGCUGCCUUUCAAGACUGCCUAUGACCGGAACUUGUUUCCGAGUCAUCUUUGUAGGUUACAUCUUUGACGAAUUUGACAAACGACACUCUUGUCUACUCAGAAUCCGAAGAAAAGAGCUGCAUAAAUUCGGCUAAAACGUUCUUGGGUGUAACAAUUUCAUUUGGACCUCAAGUUACCUCAGUUCCACACCACAGCGUUUGCCAUUUUAACCUUAACUUCUUAGCAGUUCGGUUUGGACGUGAAAACGGAACCUGUAGAAAACAGGUGUCCUGUACCUGUGUUCAGUCUGUGAGUGUGAAAAUGGUUCAAGAUAUUCAAGAUUCAGACCAACACUCAGACCAACACUUUGUGUUGCUCGGCAAGGUCGGAGCUGGAAAGAGUGCUUCAGGAAACACUAUUCUUGGGCACAAAGGUUUCAUAUCGAGAAAAUCGGCUAAAGGUGUGACACGAGCAUGUGCAACAGUAACCGUUAACUACAGAGGACUAAAUGUUGUGGUGCAUGACACCCCUGGAUUCUGUGACCCAGAUCUUUCUGAUGAAGAAAUUGAGCAGAAAAUACGCCAGGAGAUCCUCCAGCAGCCUUCACAUACACACCAGGUGUUCCUUCUGGUGUUGAAAAUCGACAGGUUUACUCCAGAGGAGCAGAAUACUGUCAUAAGAAUUGAAGGUCUACUCGGUGAGGAGCGUCUGAAACGAACAUGGAUCCUGUUUACUAGAGGGGAUGAACUGGAAGACCAAACAAUAGACGAUUACAUUUCUGAGUCUGAAGACCUCAAAAAAGUUAUGGUAAAAUACAAGAGAAGAUACCAUGUGUUCAACAACAAGAGUUGCCACGAAAACCAGGUUAAAUCACUGCUGGAAAAAGUUAGGCCUUCCUAUUCUGGACCACCCCUCAUUCCUGAUGAUAACCUUCCAGAGAGGAGGCUGAUUCUGCUUGGCAAGUCUGGUGCGGGAAAGAGUGCAACAGGAAACACCAUCCUCGGUGGAGAGUAUUUCAAAUCUGAGAUGAGUAUGUCUGCUGUAACACAGACAACUCAAGUUGAGCGGGCUGCAGUAAAUAGAAAAGAUGUCUGUGUGGUUGACGCCCCAGGACUGUUUGACACAAGUCUCUCUGUGGAAGAAAUGACUGAAGCCAUUUGCAGGAGUGUCUAUGAGUGUGCCCCAGGGCCUCAUGCCAUUCUCAUAGUCAUGCCAGUCAAUAACCGAUUCACAGAGCAGGAGAAACACAUGAUUGAAAUCUAUCAAGCACUGUUUGGACCAGGUCUGGCAGACCAUGCCAUCAUCCUCUUCACCCACGGAGACCUGCUGGAGGGUAAGACUGUAGAACAACUAGUCAAAGAGAGCAAAGAUUUUACUAAACUAAUUGACCAGUGUGGGGGAAGGUAUCAACUGUUCAACAAUAAAGAUGCAAGCAACAGAGUCCAAGUCAAACAGCUGAUGGACAAGAUAGAGAACAUGAUAGAGAGCAGUGGAGGGUCCUGUUAUACCAGUGAGAUGUUUCAGGCUGCAGUCAGGGCUGCUGAGGAGGCACAGAGGGAGGAAGAGGAGAGAGAACGUCAAGAGGCUGAGGAGAGAGAACGCAGAGAACAGGAACGAAAAGAAAGUGAGCAUAGAAGAAUAGUAAAAGAAACUGAAGAAAGAUGCAGAUCAAAAUAUGAAAGGGAUGCUGAGGCGAGACAACGUCGAGAAACACAUGAAAAUAAGAGCAAAAUAGAGAAAGGAAAUACAGAAGUAACAAAUGCAAUAGCAGGAACAGUAAUAACAAAAGUUGCCAAAAGAAAAGGAAUUGGAUUUCUAUUAUUUUGUGCUCUUGUGGGUGCUGUUGUGGGUGCUGUUGUGGGUGCUCUUGUGGGUGGUGGUGUUGGUUGGACUGUAGGUGGUGCUGUGGGUGGUGCUGUGGGUGGUGCUGUGGGUGGUGCUGUGGGUGGUUGGUUGUGUGGGUGAUGCUGUGAGUGGAGUAAGUGCAAGGGGGAGAGGAGGGGGGUGCAUGCAAAUAAUUAAAGCCCCACCCCCCACACACACGCACACACAGACAUUAAGAGCACUGUUAAAAACUAAAAACAUUUUAUUGCACAAAUGAAUAGUCAAGUAGCCAACAAGCAAGCGUUUCUUCAUAAGCAAACUAAACGGGUUAAAACAGACAACAUCCUACUUUUUACAUGCAUUUUACAGUUUGUAACCAUCAAUUUUUUGUAACAUUUGUAACAUGUGUUCACCUUGCUACUUCAACUUCUUGGUAUCGGGCUCCUAGUAACAAGUGAUCUUCCCUUUUCUCUUGUCCAUGAUCUGUCAAUGACAAGACAUUGAAACGCGCUAGCCGGAUGUAGUUCAGGGCCUUGCGUUCUUAACUGAUCUGUUAUUGUUUAUGUUCCAAAAAAGGUCUAUAAAGAAUUUAACUAGGCCUACUCCUCUUUUAUAUUGACAUCAUUUACCUCUCUCUGUUAAAACUGUUUUUUGUUUUGUUUUGUUCUUUGAAAACAAAUGAUAGAACUCUGUAUAUGUAACGACUUUGCUCUUACUGUAAAUAUAUAUAUAUGUCUUGUGACAAUCUUCAUCAGAUCAUUUUCAUGUAUGUAUUAAAAUCAUAAGGUCACUCGUGUGCCAAGAGAGGGUUAUUCACUCAACCUUGAUUUGUGUACGUAAGUGCUCAAUAAUUCUCUUGAUUUUGUUUUGCUCUGUGUGUCUAAAACUGAAAUACUUUGUGUCAAAAUGUUAAACUUAAUGUAUAUGAAGUGCAUAAAACCCAUAAUCUAAUAUAUGAUACAAUCUUUCAUUGUAUUGUUAUGUAUGUAUUAAGUAUGAUGGGAACUAUGAAUAAAUGUAGCAUUAAGGUAACGUAUAAUUUUUCUUUCUGAAGACUUUCUUUUAAAGUAUCAGAUUCUGAAUACAAUAUGUUAACAAUGUGGGGUACAUGGGGUACAUAAAAAGAAUUAUGCUUUAAGUUUUUCUUUUCUUAUUGUGUAACAUCUCAUCUAUAAUUUUGUGGGUGUUUCAUCUUUUUUUCCCUCCAACAUAUAUAUCUAUGCCUACCUCCUUGAUUGCUCUUUAAAUGGAUAUUGCUAGACAUUAAAAUAUACAAUAUACA